AUGAAGCGCUUCAAAAGCACUGACUUCGCACAGCAAGGGUUCAAGUCCGAGUGGCUGAACCCUCGGAAUCGGUCAGCAUUUAUUGAUUGUUUGUACAAGAUGCGGACAAGAUGGCGACCGAGAGAAAAAACAAUACAUGCUGGAGGUAUUCAUUACCCAACGUUGAUAACUGCUCACCAUACAUGGCCCCCAGUUUCAACAAGCGGUGCGCGGCUGUGCUGGUUGGACGAGUUGGGCAUUAGCCGCAACAGCAUUGACGCCGGUCAGUGUUGUGACAAAACAUAUGGACCUCGGGGACGUGAGGAUUGCUGGGACGAUUAUUUCACUUAUGAGUUGUGCUGCCUGGGCGACGUGAACUUGGCAGAGAUGCCUCAUUUCUUCGUAGCGCCAGCCUUCGACAUCAAUGUGGGGAAUGCGGUGCGACAGCUGGGCACUUUCGACUUGGGCCAAUCCUAUGCUUUACAGACGCUCUGCAAAGCCGGGGAUCUUGUCAUAGACGUUGGUGCCAACGUUGGUGGUUUCACAGUUCCUCUAGCUGAACGCGUUGGUCCUGAUGGACAAGUUCAUGCAUUCGAACCUUUUCGCAAAGUCUUCCAGCAUCUGAAUGCCAACGUGGCCCUGAAUGGUUUGAGCAACGUCUAUGCCUACAAUGUGGCUUUGGGAACACAGGAAGAGGAGGUGGCUGCAUUUGUGCCCGACCUCACCAACUUCAAUUUCCCAUCUGCGAUAAGAGUGCUGGAUCAAUAUGGGCCAGAAAAAGCUGUUGCUGAAGCCAAUCUGCGGUACGAAGCGCGCCAGGAGAUUCUGACGGUCCGCCCGCUGGACCAUUAUAAAUUUGAGAAGCGCAUCAGCCUGAUAAAGAUUGAUGUCGAGUUCAUGGAGUGGCAUGUGGUGCGUGGGGCGCGCCGCACAAUUCAACAAAGCAAGCCUCUGAUCUGGGUGGAGAACGAAGCAUACUUCGAUGAUCCUGCAAACCUGACCUUUGUGAACACCAUGUACUCCGACUUUGACUAUGUGUGUAAUCCUAUAGCCAGGUUAGAGUUGCUCUGCAGCCCGGGCAAAGUUUCGGACGACAAGUUGGUAGCCGAUGAUUCCCUCCUUCCAGCGGGAUUCAAGCGCGUCUUUCGUCACUUGAGUGGUGAAGUCAAGGAUGUCCAUCUCUGGAGGGCGCUUUCUGAGGUAGACCCAGGCUAUGAAUUCGCCAGGAUCGCAAUGGCUUCAGAAGAACGUGGCCUGCAAGUGACGCGGGGCUCCCCGGCGCGGGCCUCCACUGUGCGAGUGCUGCGGCAAAGCCCUGCAGCGGAAGAUGUGCUCGUGCGUGUACAGGUCCUCCUAUGCCAGCGCGCCAUGACUGAGUCCAAAGAUGGCCAGCCGGUCCUGGCCUAUGGCGGCUUAGUUCAAGGUGUUCGCGUCGGCGAGUUCGUGCUCGGGAUUGCAGAUCCCUCCCCUCAGGCACUUCACGGCGCCCCCCAAGAUGCCAAUCGUGAGUCAACUUCUUCAGAGGGUGGAUGCUUUCGCGAGACCGUCAGCACACAUUUUUCCACCUUGCUUCCACUGGAGAGUGCUGUCGAAGCAAAGCUCCCCCUCACCGCGUUGGUGGCCCAUGUGCCACCCAUGAUCAGUGCGCUGUUGUCCGCAGCUGCGUUGAGGAUGAGACCUUCGGAGGCUUUGUUGCUGAUUGUGCCCUCUUUGGAUGAUGUGGCAUUCCUCUUGCAGCGGCUGCUUAUCGGUGUUUGGCGCGGACCCCUCUACUUGAUUCUUCUCUCUUGCACAGCUCCCUCGCGCCGCGAUAUUCAGCAACAUCCGUUGUUACAGCCACUGGUUCCUUCUGCAGGUGGGAGCUUCCUAGAUGACAUGGUUUGCAUCUCCGUCCAGGAUCGCUCUGAGGGCUUGGCACAAGCUCGGAUGCAGCUGGCAGUGGUGCUGGAAGAUAUCAUCACAGAGGUCGUGACCGGCACGGGGGGGCUGGGCGUGGAGGCAGUUCUUGCCUUGGACGUGGACCUCUGCCCCGAGAAGGACCGCAUUCCGGAGCUCUCCGAGGACCUUGACGCUGCAUGCGUGGCCCUGGAGCCCACUGAGUCUCCUCCAUCAAUACUUCGCGCACUUAUUGGAGCACUUGCUGUCCGGGGACGGUUGAUCACGAAUUGUGAAAGGCUUGAGCUUUCGCCAGAUGAUGGGCAUCACCUCUGGGCUAAGGAGUGCACUUUGGCCUUUGUGAAUCCCCAUUGCUUGCCACUCUCUGGAAGUCGCCAUGGUGAGCUGCUCCAUGCAGCAGUGGAGGUCUGCGCAAAAAUUGUGGCAGGCGAAUUAGCCAUCGCCGAGUCGGAGGUUACUCAAUUCUAUUUGUUCGACCAGUUCCAGCAAGCCAUGGAUGUCAUGAAUGCCAAGAAAUCGCGGCGCGGUGUUCGCAAGCACAGCACCGUUGGUGCGGGGACUCGAAGUACGCUGUUGGUGACGCUGGUUCUCUGA